AAUUGACAUCACAAGACUCGAGUCGAGCCAAGAAAACCAUCGACAAGGGCCAUUCAACUUGAACACACAACGACCCUCGAUUUCGGAAACCGACGAAUGAGAAGAAGCUCCCCAAAAAUCAGAGUCCUCAAUGUCAUGGCAGGAUGUCAUCCAGGAGGGCUUGGUUGCUCGGGAUGCUAAUGAGAAAGCCUACAACUCAAUCAUCAAUCAAUACCGUCGCCUCGCACAGCAAACGGCUAUCCUCAAAGAGCGCAACAGUGCACUUCUCAAAGCAGCGGGUUCAAUUGGUGGCGGUGGUUCCAGGUCAACUGCUGGAGGUGGAGACUCUUCUGUAGCUCGAGCCUAUACCGCAUCAUUAGAAUCUCAGCUAAGCACCUUACGAGACGAAUUGGCAACCGUAUACAAAACUCAAGGACAAAAUGCGCAGCGUUUACUGGUGAUGAAUGAAGCCCUCAGGGAAAGGGAAGAACGCUCUCGGGCCGAGGUAGAUGAAACAAGAUUGUUGAGGGUCGAAGCGGCAAGACUGAGAGAACGGGUGGCAAGCCACGCUGAAGUCAUGAGGGAGAAGGAACGAAAUGUUCAGAUCUUACAAGAUGAAUUGUCUACUCUUCAAUUAGAGUAUACUCAACAGGAACAAAAAAUCAAAGAUCUGAAGAGUGACAACGCUAAUCUACUUCAGAGGUGGCUUGAUAAAGUUCAUGAAGAAGCUGUCCGAAUGAACGAUGCCAACCAAUUUCUAGUUGAAGUAGAGAAGAAGGGAUUGCCACCAGUCGAGCCUCCCGGCUGAUGAUCCAGUCAAACCAAAACAUCUCUUUCCACAAGCGAUUUCGAUCAAUUCCGGACGAUCUAGAAACCACAAACCCCCCAUCUUAUAUCUAACUGAUUUUUCUUUGCAUGUCGAUUUAAGAAUCCUUUUUUUUUCUUUUUGCCUGUAUUACCACAACUGCUUUGUGCCAGUAUAAUAUUAGCUGAUUACAUCCACUUUCCGGAAUCGGAAUCAGCCCUGUGCGGGCUCUGUGUAAAUCUCAGUAUUUUUUGCAUCACUGACUGAUCUUCAACUCGACUUUGAAAUUAUUGAUAACUAAUUCUUUUUCUUCGCAAAAACUGAACUCUACAUAUAUCGGCUUCUACGGGUUUAACAGUCGAGAAUUCUUUUAGCUCAAGAGGGUGUAGGGUAAAACUGAGAUAUGCUUGUGUUAAAUGCCGGAAUGUGAAACAACUAUCAUCUGUCAUCUGUUUUUAAACGUAGAAAAAUAUGGAGG